AUGACGGCUCCUGCGGCGCAAGGUGCUCAAGAUCGAGGUGGAGACGGGGAGCAUAUUCACACCCACACCAACGGGGUCUCCUCUACCGCAGGCCAGGCCGCCGCCGCGGCCUCCUCCAGCUCAGCCCCGAAUCGGGAGAGUGAGCACAUCCGCACCGUCUUGUCCACCUUUGAGGCCUAUCUCCCUUACUCCCUCGCAACGAACAACAUCCGUCGACGAUCCUACAAUGCGCUGAGCAGGCGACAUCGCAAUAUGUUGGCCGAUGUGGGCGCAACACUACCACGGCCGACGAUCGAAGGUGGUGGUGGUGCGAGCUCUUCGCGAGAGGUAAAGGAGGGAUCAAGGUCGACUCCGCCGAACCUCUGGGGAGAUCGCGGUAUCAAAGCCCGAUUGGCAGAGAUAGACGACCGUAUACGACGCAAUGCCGACUUCCUCGACCUCGUCGUAGCGCAAGGUCGCGAAUUCCUCGGCGAGGACAAGUGGAACCCAGAGCUGGCAGGCGGCGACAAUGGCUGUGAAGGCUCGGCAGCAGGGGCGAAGGGUGCUGCUGUAGCCUCGAACUCGUCGCCUCCUCGCGAUUUGGACAAGGUGCGCUCCACCCUCAAGCAGCUUGUACGAGAUUGGUCAGAGCAAGGCAAGGAGGAGCGAUUAUUCGCUUACCAGCCUAUCCUCGAAGCGCUCGAGGCGCAAUUCCCCCUGCCACGAACGCAGCGCAAUCGUGUUCGAGUGCUCUUCCCCGGCUGUGGGCUCGGUCGCCUACCCUGGGAGGCGGCAAUGAGGGGCUUCACCUCGCAAGGCAACGAGUACUCGCUGUACAUGCUCCUCUCCUCUCACCUCAUCCUCAACAAGACAUCGCAGGCCCGCACGCAUCGGAUCUACCCUUGGGUGGGCAGCAUGUCCAACUGGCGAAGCGCUGCUCAUCUCCUCGAGGAGGUCGACCUGCCCGAUGUGCAUCCGGGUCAACUGCUCGCGCGCAGCCCCCGUGAGACACACUUCAGUAUGGCGGCAGGGGACUUCGUGAAAGUCUAUGGUGCAGAGGAGCAGCGAGGAAAGUGGGACAGUGUAUGUACCAGCUUCUUCCUGGAUACGGCGCGCAACCCCCUCUCCUACCUGGAGACGAUCCAUUCCACCUUGCGGGAGGGUGGCGUUUGGAUCAACUUGGGCCCUUUGCUGUGGCAUUUUGAGGGGACAGGCCCCGAGAAGAAGAUGGUUGGCGACGAGUUCGCAUCGGGGAGUAUUGAGCUGACCUUGGAAGAGGUGAUGGAUCUGAUGGAAAAGGUGGGCUUUGUCGUCGAGGAGAGAAGGACGAUGCCCAGGCAGAGCUAUACGGGCAACGCGAGGAGCAUGUUGACCUAUGAGUAUGAGUGCGAGUUUUGGGUAGCGCGCAAGGUGGGGCAGUUGGGGGAUGAAGGCACAGCGGCGUCGAGUCGGAGUGGCAAUGGGAGUGGGAAUCUAAAUGUGACGUUGAGUGGAUAG